ACCAGUAUAGUCUUCCUGCAGCGGCGCGAGAGGGAGGGUGAGCUGGUGGUGCCUGGUGACUGGUUGACUGCUGGUGGUGACUGGUGAAGCGGGAGGCACCACCGAGGCAUUCCCAGUGGGUCGUGUUUUCAACUCACCCAUUACAGUACACAUAUGACGGAGCGAGUGUGAGCAUGUGGGAGCUGCAACCGGCUGAUUACCUUCCGGAGGACAUCACCACCACCACCACCACCACUACUACUACCAGCACGAGAGAUACUGUCCACCACUCUUCGUCUUUGUAAUCUCCUACUGACACCCAACACCCAGCCAGCCCACGCCACCAUGGACUGCCUUAGCGAGAACCUGACCAGCAUGUCUCAAGCCCCGCCCAGGAACACCUCGUGGUUGAGCGGCGGCGGCGACGACUGGUGCGAGAUGUGGCGCAGCGGGGAGCCCCUUUUGAUGGGCGAGAAAUACCCGUGCCCCGAGGUGCUGGAACGCGGCCGUGCCCUCGAUAAUUUUGAGAAAGUGCAGGUGGCGCUGGUGGUGGCGCUGGUGGUGGCCUCUGUGGCGGGCAACGCUGCUGUAGUGGCGGUCAUUUCCUUCAACAGGCUCCUACGCACCUCCGUCAACUACUACCUGGCCAACCUUGCCGUGGCGGACCUGCUCAUCACGCUCACCUGCUGGCCCACACUUGUUAACCGAUUCACCGCCCCGCUCUACGUCCUCGGCCGCUCUCUCUGCAAGAUAACCGUGCUAGCGCUGGCCACUUGCAUCAACGUGUCUGUACUGACGCUGGCGGUGGUGGCUGGCGGGAGGCUCUACGCUGUGUUGUUCCCGCUUCGAGCUCUCCGCACCUCCUCCCACCCCGUACUGCUCAUCUCCCUCCUCUGGGUGGCGUCCUUCGUCCUGGCUCUCCCCGGCUUCUACGUCAGGGACACGCAGGUUGUGAAGUGGAACGAUCUAGUGGAAGAGAGUUGCGGGGACGUCCUGUGCAGCGCCUCCUCCAUCGCCGCCUUCCGCUACUACAGGAUCCUGCUCCUCAUCACCAUGUUCUUCCUGCCGGAGACGGUGAUGGUGCUCGCCUACAGCGUCAUCGUGGUGCGGUUGUACUGCGUCAGGAGGGGCCCCGCAGACCGCGACGCGCCCCUGCCCGCACCGCUGCCAACCAGUGACCACCCGCACUCUGCUGCGCGCCGAAAGGUGGUGAAGAUGACAGCAGCAGUGGUGGCGGCCUUCACAGUGUGCUGGUCUCCCCUUCAGGCUCUGUCUCUCUACGGGCUGCUCUCUGAAGACACCCUGCCCGAGUGGUUUUCCAGCGCUGAGUUCUGGGCGUAUUUCCUCGGUUACUGCAACUCUGCCUUCAAUCCGCUGCUGUACUGUGGCUGCAGCGAGAACUUCAGGCACGGAUUCACCAGUCUUGUACUCCGAAGACCCCGCUGGCGAAGGAAGACGAGAGCAGGGAGCGCCAACUCAUGGACCCCCUCGACCCUCCUCCUCCGCCUCACCUCCUCCUCCCUCUCCCGUACAUCAUCUGGAGGAGGAAGGGGAGCAGUUUCCCGCCAGACCUCCAACUCCCUCCCCUCCAAGACCUCAGACUCUGCCCGCUCCUCCAGGAAAGCCAACCCCACCACUCCAGGCCCGCUCAGGUCGUGCUCCAGAGGCGAGUUGAUCAGCUCGAAGCAUCAACCGGAGAACAAUAACGCCACUUCGAGCCUCAUGGGUGAAGCCGAGGCGCUGAAUUAAGUGAACCAUCCCUUUGAGGAAAACAGAAGAGGGAACAUUAAUCCUACACACUGAGUGGAGAGGAGGAUGGAAAUAAGGGCGACACUGGGAAGAAAGUGAAUGUGAGAGGAGAGAACAUUAAUCAUUCGUGUGGAGAAAAGAAGAAGAACGAAGAAACACGAAAGAAAACCAGUGCCACCUCGGGAAGAAAUUAAAAAGGAACGCUCUGUGGUAAGCGCCUUUUGCUCCCCACCUCCCCCCUAACUACUCACAGACACCAGGAGCCGUAUUAAC